AUGCGACGCUUCAUUCUCAAUCUCCUGGGGGCACUGACUCCAUUGGUAAUCGGUGCUUCAGGGUCGUGCACCGAGGAGACAGCCAGAGCCUUUGCGACUGAGUUACAAUCGUCCCUAUCUGAGAACGCACGUAUUAUCUUCCCAGAAUCCGUUGACUUCUCAAAUGCAACCGUCCGGUGGUCAACCUACGGGCAGCCGACGUUUGCUGUGGUCGUAGAGGUGGCCACCGAGGACGAUGUUAGCGAGACUGUGAAAUUUGCAAAUGCUUAUGCGUUGCCGUUUCUAGCUACUUCAGGGCACCAUGGCGCGAUCAAGACUUUGGCCGGAGUGAAUUGCGGGGUUAACAUAUAUCUGAGGAAACUUAACAAGGUAGAAGUCCAAGCAGAUGGUCAGACGGCAAUAAUCCAAGGCGGUAUUUAUACCAGAGAAGUAACUGAUGCCUUAUGGGAAGUUGGCAAGUGGACAGUUACUGGUGUCUGCGAAUGCACCUCGCUCAUGGGCCCAGCCCUCGGUGGCGGACACGGUUGGAAUCAAGGCCGCUACGGACUCGGGCUCGACCAGUUUGUCGAAGUCAAUCUUGUUCUGGGAGACGGCUCCUCGAUUACGGUCUCGGAUGAUUCUAAUCCGGAGCUUUUCUGGGCUCUGCGUGGCGCUGGCCACAACUUUGGCAUCAUAACUUCCGUCCGAUACCGUAUCUACGACGUGCCCAAGGACAACACUUGGACUGUCGCUACGUACAAGUAUACACAAGACAAGCUUGAGUCAGUUUUCGGGUUGCUCAACGAGUUUACAGCCGGUGGCGAGCAGCCUAUAGAGCUCCGUUACUGGGCUGACUUUCUCCGUGACGCCAGCGUAGAUCCCGCUAAUGCGUCGAUACUUCUGUUUUUAGUAUACGAAGGCACCGAAGACCAGGCUUCUCCCUACACCUCACAGCUCGUUGCACUCGGUCCAGCCACAGUCUCGUCUCAGCCAACAGAUUACCCCGGGAUAGCUCAACUAACAUUAAACGGCAAGAACCAGGGGUCGUGCACAUAUUCCGAUACACACAGGCUGCGUUUUCCUAUUGGUAUCAGGUCUUUCAACCUAACAGCUCAACGUAAAGCAUUCAAUCUGUUCAACAAUGUAACACAAACGUAUCCUGGCUUGAAUGGGUCUGUUUUCCUCAAUGAGGGAUAUUCGGUCAAAGCUGUCCAGCAAAUACCACCUGACAGUACUGCUUAUCCGGAAAGAUUUAACAACCUACUCUUGUCAGCUAAUUUCAGAAACGCGCCGGACCCUUUCUUGGAUCAAGUCGCCACUGAGGCUGGACUUGCUAUCAGGGCCAUCCUUCUAGAGGGCACUGGGUCUUCAGAAAUGAACACUUACGUAAAUUACGUGGUAGGAGAGGAAACCCUUGAGGAUUGGUACGGACACGAAGAAUGGAGGAUUGCAAAGCUGCGGGCUUUGAAGUCGAAGUACGACCCGGAUCACAAGUUCAGUUUCUAUGCACCAAUUCAGUGA